AUGCUCAGUUUAGUGUGUAUUGCUAGAGAGGAUUUUUUUUUUUUUCUUGAGAGAGUGCAUGUGAUAAGCACAGGGCCAAUCAGCACUGUCCAGACAGAGAGGUCAAGGGCCCUGCAUCCUCCUAGAGCAAAAUGAAAACUUCUCCUACAAGCUUUAAGCAGUGCUUGGCUGGACACAAGCACAAGAAGUCACAAGACUGCUCCAACUGCUGAUGAGAAAGGGUAUUUAGCAGUUUAUAUUUACUAACAUAAUUGCAUUUCCAUGUUCUCUGUAUUGUGGGAUACCAGAUAUAGUGAAUGCAGGGUCUUGGG